AUGAUCUUAUACUCCGAGUAUGAUUCUCGGAAAUCAUUCAAUAGAAUUAAUAAACCCGAGACCAGUCUUUUAUUCAGCCAAGAGAAUAGUUCUUCUCAUGAAUUAGGGUCCGGUGGUGGAGAAGGAGAAGUUGGUGAUAGUAGUGGAAUGGAAGGUGUUCAUGAAGUAAGAUUGGCAUGGCGUCAUAUACGUCAUUCGUUAUCGAAGACAUGUCCCGAUCUUUUACAAACAUUACAGGGAAAGUGUACAGAUAACGAUUUGGAGGAGUUCCAGAAGGAUUUAAAUAUCAAAUUACCUCCCUGUGUUAUAGAAUUCUACAAGUUAACUGAUGGACAACUGAAUUUUGGAGUUGAUAAUAUGAUUUAUGGUUUAUUAUUUGGACUUAAACUUUUGUCAUUAGAUGAGAUCUUGGUUCAAACAGAGACUUGGAGGAAAGUAGCCAAAGUUGUGAAUCAACUGUUUGCUGCUGACUCCAAGUUAUCUAAAUUAUCUUCAACUCAUACCUUUCAAUCAGCCCUGAAUAAAAAACUUAGUGGUUCUACAGAUUUAUUAAUUUCCUAUAAUGAGUCAAGAGCUACAACUCCUGGAUCUUCUAAAUCAAUGGAAGAAGUCGAGACUGGUCAAGGUUUAGGUCAACAAUCUAUUCUGUUAGUUGAUUUCAGUAAGCUUCCCAAACAGUAUUCUGUUCCUCUUGGAGCUAUUCAUCAAAGUUUUGCACAUCCCCAAUGGAUCCCAAUGAUUUCUGAUGAUGUAGGGAACUAUAUAGGUAUUGAUUUAUCCCCACCUCCUAAUGGUCCUGGAAAUUGGGGUCAGGUGAUAUUAUUUGGUAGAGAAUUUGACACCAAGUUCAAAGUAGCUAACAAUUGGGGUGAUUUCUUGUUAAUCUUUGCUAAUGAUUUGGAAAUAGGAAAUUAUGAUUUGAAACGUCCUGAGAAAUCGGUAGAUCUGGAUAUGAUUGUGGGUCAAGAAGGAGAUUUGGUAUUUGUGGAUAAACAACACAACAAUAGUAUUGAAAUACCUUAUUUGGAAGCGUUGAAGGAACGAAGUAUAAAUAAUUGGAUCAAGAGUUUAAAAAAAGUUGAAGAACUCGAUGAUGAUUCCAAGAAUUUACUUGCAAACCUACAAUCAAAAAAGAGAAACUAUGAUUCUUUGAAGAGUCUUAAUUUGCAUUCUAUUGAUACAGAAAUUGAAAAAAAUUUAUCAUCAAUUGAUGGAAUGAAUACUCCUUUGAAUUCUGGUUCCUUAGACAUUCGUCGUGCAACAAGAAUAAGUAAUGCUACGGAACGAACGAGUACUGGUGAUGAUACCACCCUAGUAACCAGUAAAGGGUCACCCAAGUUGGAGUAUUCCAAGUCCCUGACUAUUGGAAUAACGUAUAACGACAUUGCACAUGAUGAAGACGAUGAAGAUGAUGAUGAUGAUGAUGAUGAUGAUGAUGACUAG